CACCAUCACCACCACCACCACCACCACAACACGCUUCCAAAACAAUGUCCCCCCCAACAGCCCUCCUGUCACCUCUCCCAAUGGCUGACGGUUCUGCACAAUACACAGACGGCCCGACAACCCUCCUAGCUUCAAUCAAUGGCCCAAUAGAAGUAAAGCCUAGAGAUGAAAUCCCAUUAGAAGCUUACCUCGAAAUAACAAUCAGGCCCUCCGCUGGUGUCACCUGUUUGGCUACCCCCCCCUUCUUUCUUUCCAAUCAAUGCCGGCCUAACUGACAGCCAUCCUAAAGCUGUUCGCGAAAAACAUCUAGAGGCCCUCCUUCGCUCGGCUAUAUCCCCACUCAUAAUGCGUACCGUCUAUCCACGCACGCUCCUGCAAAUCACCUUGCAGAUUAUCCAGCAUGAACAGGCGUCUGCGGCAUGCACAUUACAUACUUUGUUAGCUUCGGCGAUAGUAGUUGUGGUGCUUGCGCUCGUAGACGCGGGAGUCCCGAUGAAGGGGAUGCUGGCUGCGGCGUUUGUGGAGGAGGCCGAUGGGAGUGCAGCGCACGUUUUUGGGUAUACUGUUACGGGAGGAGGAAGAGAUCCUAGUGAGGGGUUGGUAUUUGUGGAGAGUGAUGGGGCAUUUGACGAGAAGGGAUUCGUGGAGGCCUCGGAGAUUGGGAGGAAGAGGUGUCUGGAGGUCGGAGAACUGAUGAAGAACUGGGUUAGAGAGAAGGUUGGAAAGGAUAUGAGAUAUCGUUUAAAGUGAUAUCACAGAUUUCCAGAGGGCAUAGUCUAAUACAGUUAUAAUAUACAGUCAUGACAAAACAAACCGAGCAUAGUGUAUACACCCAACCAACCAAAAACUCCGAUCCCAAACAGCCAAACACGACCCAUCUAUCCCUAACAUCUAAUCUAAACCCUUCUUCCUUCCUUCAACCUCUUCUCCAGCUCCAUAAAAGCCCUGAUCCCAACCGGAAUAUCCUCAAACCCCUCCCAGAG